CUUCUCCAUGGAGAGCAAUAUAUUGAGCUCUUUAAACCAUUCCCCACAUCUGGUACUGUGACCACAAAAUCUGAGGUUGUAGAUGUACUGGACAAGGGAAAAGGAGCUCUCGUUCUUCUAAAUGUUACCACAUUUGAUGAAGAAGGGGAAGCGAUUUGUCUCAACCAGUCUGCCAUUUAUCUUGGUGGAUCAGGAGGAUUUGGAGGAAAGAGAAAUUCUGACAAAGCCAAGCCUUUGGUGAAUGCCCCUUCUCGUAAUCCAGAUGCAUCAAUCCAGGAGAAAACAGGAGUAACUCAAGCGGCAUUGUAUAGACUUAGUGGUGACUACAACCCACUGCAUGUUGAUCCUGCAUUUGCUCAAAUGGGAGGAUUUUCAGUUCCAAUUCUUCAUGGCCUGUGCUCAUUUGGCAUUGCUUGCCGUCAUGUCCUAAAGCAGUAUGCCAAUGAUGAUGUCACUAAGUUCAGUGCCAUGAAAGCCCGCUUUGCAAAACCGGUGGUCCCAGGGCAGACUAUACAGACUGAUAUGUGGAGGGAGAAUAAUCGCAUUCACAUUCAGUGCAAGGUGGUAGAGAAUGGCAAUGUGGUGCUUUCAGGAGGAUAUGUAGACCUGGUGAACAUCACUCAAGAAGUACCUGAUGUGAAUUCUUUAAUCUCGAAGCCAUCUUCUUCUGGUCUCAAGAGUGAAGCUCUCUUCCAAGAGCUCAAGAAACGAAUCUCUUCCCAUCCAGAACUUGUCAAGAAAGUCAAAGGAAUCUUUCAGUGGAAUGUGACAAAGAAUGGCAAGACAUUAGGACAGUGGGUGAUAGACCUCAAGACAGGCAGCGGUGCAGUCAUAGAAGGAAUAUCUAACUCACUAAAGCCGGAUUGCACUAUUACUGUAUCGGAUGAAGAUCUUAUAGGGCUUGCUGCAGGGAAACUCAAUGCACAACAACUGUUUAUGAAGGGAAAAUUGAAGGUGACGGGCAAUAUAAUGCUUACUGUUAACUUAGAUAAACUGUUCAAGGAGCAUUCCAAGAUGUAGACAUGAACGAUGUGAAACUUUAAACAAGAGGAAUUUGAUUGACAUUUAUUUUAGAAUUAUACUCAAAAAUGAGCUUGAUUAUUUUUGGUAAAAGAGUAGAGCUGUGUUCAACUACCCAGAUUAUUCUGAAAAGACGAUACAGAAUUUUCUAUUUCCAUAGAUCAUUUACCUCUCCCAAUGAUAUUCAAAAUGAACCACGAAUUUAACCAUAGCGUAUGUAACAAAGUGUGUCAAAGAAAUAAAUGUAUUUCACUCUACAA